CAAGCGCCACGAGGGGCAGGGCUUUCUAUUGCAUUUCAGACCACUGCAUGACAUCAGAGACAGCCCAGGGUUCCCUCCUUUCCCCAGCGUCAACCAGAGACACACUACCCAUUUCGGAAGUUUCGGCCCGUGCUCCGUGUGCAUCUCCAGACCACUACAAUGAUCACCAUAAUUGAAGAUCAGGAUGGCUUUGACAAGGCAUUGGCUGAUGCAGGAGAAAAACUUGUUGUUGUUGAUUUCACAGCAACGUGGUGCGGGCCCUGUCAGAGCAUUGCACCUUUUUUCAAAUCUCUGUCUGAACAGUACACAAAUGUGGUCUUCUUGAAAGUCGAUGUGGAUGAUGCAGCGGAUGUGGCGUCGUCCUGUGAGAUUAAGUGUAUGCCAACAUUCCACUUCUAUAAGAGUGGGAAGAAGGUUGAAGAAUUCUCCGGAAGCAACCAGGCCAAACUGGAGGAGCUGGUCAAUACUCACAAAUGAGCAUUCAUGAUAUGAUGUCUUGUACACAAAUAUAUACCGCCAUCAAUAAUGAGAAACAUCUCCUGUCCUCUUUUACAUUGUCAUUUGUACAUUGAUCCUUGUUUGUGUGGAUUAAUGAGCAAUUCACUUUUUAUCAACACGCUGCAGUAACUGGUUUGGUUUUAAGUGACCACCUUCUCUUUAGGCAGAUGCUAUUCAAAUUCUGCAUACAGUUUGCGAAUUUCAAUUUUUCAUUUUUGUCUCCAUAUUAUUGCUAAACUUUGACCCUAAAAAGCUGGGUGGCUCACAAGACACAGGCAGAUAUCUGCCGGCUGUUUCAAUAAAUGAAAAUAAUUCUA